UGUUCGUACGGCGACCGGUGCUGUCAUUCCCACGAUCUCCAAGAGUAUCACCGCCAGGGUCUGCGACCGGCGGACAUCGGCGACAAGUGCUAUCUCUACGACCGGUUCGGCAAAUGCCCGUACGGUCUGAUCUGUCGCUUCGGCGGUCAACACUUGGCCGACGGCUACACCAAUGUUGUCGACGAAGACAAGUGGCGCCGAAUGGAGGCCGAGAAGCGCUGCGCAAACCUGUUGGCCAAAGAGCUACAGUUGCGGCUCCGGAAGCGCACGUAUGACUUCGCCGCGUCUAAGGAGGUGUGCGAUCGCCUCCAGCGGUGCGAUUCCGCCGCCGACACCGCCUAUCAGGCGCUGAAGUCUGCGCCCAGAGUCAAGCCUACCGUCGGCGCCGGCGGUGAUCGCGAGUCGAAGCCUACCGUUGACUUCGCCGGUAAGACAUAUCUGGCGCCGUUGACCACUGUUGGGAAUCUGCCCUUUCGUCGAGUGUGCAAACGCUUGGGCGCCGACAUUACGUGCGGCGAAAUGGCGAUGGCGUCCAACCUGUUGGAGGGCCAGCAGUCCGAGUGGGCGCUACUCCGUCGCCACCCCUCCGAAGACAUAUUUGGUGUCCAGAUUUGCGGCGCUAACCCACAGGUGAUGAGCCGUUGCGCCCAAUUACUGCACGAGACCUGUUCGGUGGACUUCAUCGAUGUCAAUAUGGGCUGU